UGCUGUCCUCCUGACUCCUGGACUGCUGUAACGGUGCAAAAUGAAGUGGGAGAAUGCAGUAGUUGAGGCAUAAUCUCGUGUUAUAAUCCCGUGUGAAUUACAACUUCAUUGUUAACAAAUGGAUUUCAACCGUCAUUGCCGUGUCUCAGAUGCCAGAUGAUGUUCGACAAGAAGGACAGAGCUUCAGGAGCAUCCGCCGAGCCUCAGAGGACACUUCCAGGCUUAGUCACCUGUCCCUGAAGAUUGUCGGGAUCAUCAAAAACCCAAAACAUAAGCAGCAUUCAAACAUCUCAGUGCAAAAAAAAAUGUACUUCAACAUGCUUCACAAUAGCAAAAGUCUAAGUUCUCCAAACUCAAGAGAGCAAACACCGAAAGUGCACAGAAAAAUUGUAGUGGAGCAUAAGGGGUCACAAGAGAGGAGGACAAAUAAAAUAGUAUAUCCAGAAAGAAGACUACAAGUUGAUGAGACAGAAGUGGAAAUAAUUCUGGAACAGGGAGAUGAGUUAGGAUGCGGGGAUGAGCUAGCACAUGGAGUUGAUUUAGAUUUAGCGGAGGGUUUAGAAAAAGACAAGCCAUUGGAGUCGGAGGAUGAUGAAGUGUCAGUUGACCUUCAUUCUGAUUUAUAUAGUAAGAAAGAAGUAGAUUAUAACAUAGUAGCAGAGGAGCUACAAGUAAAGGACAUGGGGAAGGCAGCAUGGGGGCUGACUAAAAAUGGUAAAAAUAAAAGUUCUCGUAACGUUCAGCUGGCUUCUAAUGCAGUUUAUGAAAGCUUAGCACACGCAGAUCGAUUACUUUUUGACAAAAUGUGCACUGGUAAAACUUUAAUUGAAUCAUUUUACCCUAGUGGUAUAGUAGCAGACAGGAUGUUUUCAAGUGAAGAGGACAUUGAUGUGAUGUUCCCAGAUAUUUGUGAUGCAGGGGAGGCAUUAGCAGACAAAGAUGGACUUUCCGAGUGUGACCUCUUUGAACAAACGGAGCCUCUUCAAUUAACAGAGACAAAGGACAACAUUAAUGGAGAUAUUAUGAUGCUUACCAUUGAGGAGGGAUUGAACAGCUCUGAUUUAUCCUCAGUCGAGGAAGAGUAUGAUGAAAUGCAGAUGGAAAAAGAGCUGAUGGAGGAACAAAUAAACAAAUCUGUUGCAGGCAAUAAAGCUGCUAUUCCCUCAAACAGCGAAGAGUCUGAUCAUCCCUCAAAUUCAUCUUCAUCUUCUCAGACUUGUGUUCUUUCAGGGUCCGAUACAACCUUGGAUGAAAUAACAAAUAACAACUACAAUAGCAAAAAUAUGACUGAAAGCGAUGAAGCAAUUUCUGCCAUCUUAAAUCUUGUUCUUGUUCAGCAGCAACCUGAAACCCAAGACCAAAAUUCUCAACAAUAUCAAGACGAAGAAAGCAAUGGGGAAGACAAAGAAGAACAAGUGGUUGACAACCUGAGUGAAUCUGAAGGAAAAGAACUCAUGGUAGACAAUGUGUAUGAGGAGACAGAGCCAAAAAUCCAAGCCAAGGACUUCCUCCAGAACAGGAAGUACUUUAUGAGUCGUUCUAUAUCUGUGGAAACCCCCGGUAAGAGAGCUGACCUACUGAGCGGCCUUCCAGCAGGAAAUGGGCGGCUUUUGCUACACCCACAGGCCUUCUAUACAGACCAGUGUUUGUUUGGAGAUAGCAGACCUGCACUGACAGGUUCGUUAGGAUGUCUUUCACAAGGCACACGCACAUCAAAAGUCACUCGAGUGGAUAUACCGCCCCCUUUUGAACUGGCAUCCAUCACGAAGCGACCAAUCAGAAAGAGCUCACCGUCUAUUCCCAAUGAAAUCUCUGCUUCAUGUAAAAAGCCUGAUUUUGGGUUCAAGCGAUACCUUCUUCCAUUGCGGUUCCUUAGGAAAUCUGAUCGAAAGAGUAUGAUGGAUACUCGCUCCAUCUCUUCCAGAUCCUCAUCCGAAUCAAGUCCGCAAGGAUCAUGUAGACGCAUGGAUUUUAUCCGACAUAACAUGGGCAGCCCAGAGUUGCAGAGGAGUCCAGAUUGCACUCCGCCGGUGUCCCCUUCUUCCUUUCUCUCUCAUAGGAAUAGACGAAAAGAGGGACUAAAUUUCUCCCUAAAUAACGAUUUGGCUUGUAGCUCCAUAUCGAUUGAGCCAGGCUUCCUCUCUGAGCCCCUUCCCCUUUCCAAACCUCGAUCAUUUUCAUCUCCGAAUACAGAUUCCUCUGAAUACGAGAAUGUUCAAAAUGUUGCUUCUCACUAUGAGAAUGUGCAGAUUCGCCUCCUGAAUCCUGUCAUUCAGGGUCAGCGAAAUCAGAGUUCACCCAGUGACACUGAUGGUUACGUGGACAUGAGCAGUCUGCCAGGCUUCCAAGGCAAAAGUCAGUCAUCUGAGCAAGAGACAGAUAGUCUCUACACUUUCUGUUCUCCAAAUGUGAGGGCAGAUGGAACGGUGGGUGUGUUUGUAGGCGUGGCUUGUGCACAAGAGAAAAAGACAACGGCUCCUGACAAACUGACCGUCAGCUGCUCCAGAGCCUUCUAUAGUGCCAAAGAGCUUCUGGAUAGCGAAGCCCAGCAUGUUAAGACUCUACAACUUCUCUAUGAGUCAGUUAAUGCUGAUGAGAGGUUGAUGACGGUGUGGACGGAGGUACCUGAUAUUUGUACUCUUCACCAAGAUAUUCACACAUUACUCGAGACGCGUCUAAAAGAAUGGGAUCAGAACGAAGGUAUCGCUGAAAUCAUCCUGGCGAAGAAGACAGAGUUUUCCAUUUUCUCGUCUUACAUCAGUCAUUAUGAUGACAAGUUGAAUUAUCUGGAACAUAUACAAAGCACAUUAUCAGAUUCAGUGACCCUGAAAAAGCAGCUGCUGCAGGUCAUUGUGCGCAUCCUACAGUACCGCAUGCUACUGACAGACUACCUAAAUAAUCUCUCACCAGACUCCAGAGAGUUUGAAAAUACACAAGAUGCUUUGGUCGUGGUCUCAGAUGUUGCUUAUCAUGCCAGUGAUAGUCUUAAGAAUGGAGCGGAUCUCAUGCGUUUGGUCCAUAUUGAACAUAGUGUUCUUGGUCUCACAGAUCUCAUUCAGCCUGGGAGAGUGUUUGUGAAAGAGGGCACACUGAUGAAAGUCAGUAGAAAGUGCAAACAGCCACGUCACCUUUUCUUGAUGAAUGACAUAAUGCUUUACACAUAUCCCCAGCAAGAUGGCAAAUACAGACUCAUCAACAGAUUACCUCUGGCAGGGAUGAAAGUCAGUAAGCCACCUAUGGAGAGUGCUCAGAGUGCAAUAAAGAUAGAAGUGAAAGAUAUAAGCAUCACUUUGUCUGCAAGGCAAGAGACAAACACAUCACAUGUACUGUACUGUGUGUGUUCAGUGUGUCUGAUGCUUGUGUUUGUGCGCGCAGCUCCUGCAUUGAACGAGACGGCUGGUUUGUCACAAUGAACCGGACACUGGUGGAUCUUGGCUCUGCAUCAGGAGAUCCAGUGGACAGUUUUGAGUUGGUAGAAAGCCCAGAGAAGUGCCUUGGAGAAAACGCGCCGCCGCUGUUGUCAGUUUCCCAGGUGACGGUUUGCAUGAACUGUCCGUCACAUUUCAGCCUCACGAACAGA